AUGGGUUGCGGAAUGAGCACUGAGGAUAAGGAGGGAAAGGCGCGGAAUGAGGAGAUUGAGAACCAGCUCAAGCGCGACAAGAUGAUGCAAAGGAACGAGAUUAAGAUGUUGCUUCUCGGUGCCGGAGAGUCUGGCAAGUCGACGAUUCUGAAGCAGAUGAAGCUCAUCCACGAGGGUGGCUACUCGCGUGACGAGCGUGAGUCCUUCAAGGAGAUCAUCUACAGCAACACCGUUCAGUCGAUGCGGGUCAUCCUCGAGGCGAUGGAGUCCCUCGAGUUGCCUCUGGAGGAUGCGCGCAACGAGUACCACGUUCAGACAAUCUUCAUGCAGCCUGCACAGAUCGAGGGUGACAGCAUUCCCCCGGAGGUUGGCAACGCCAUCGGGGCCCUGUGGCGCGACACCGGAGUUCAGGAGUGCUUCAAGCGUUCGCGUGAAUACCAGUUGAACGAUUCCGCUAAAUACUACUUCGAUGCCGUUGACCGUAUCGCCCAGCCCGACUACCUCCCCACUGACCAGGAUGUCCUCCGCUCGCGUGUCAAGACCACCGGUAUCACCGAGACCACAUUCAUCAUCGGCGAUUUGACCUACCGGAUGUUCGACGUCGGCGGUCAGCGAUCUGAGCGUAAGAAGUGGAUUCACUGCUUCGAGAACGUCACCACCAUUCUGUUCCUGGUCGCCAUUUCCGAGUACGACCAGCUGUUGUUCGAGGACGAGACCGUCAACCGUAUGCAAGAGGCCCUGACUCUGUUCGACUCCAUCUGCAACUCCCGGUGGUUCGUCAAGACCUCCAUCAUUCUCUUCCUCAACAAGAUCGAUCGCUUCAAGGAGAAGCUGCCCGUCAGCCCGAUGAAGAACUAUUUCCCCGACUACGAGGGCGGUGCCGAUUACGCCGCUGCCUGUGACUACAUCCUCAACCGUUUCGUGUCCUUGAACCAGGCAGAGCAGAAGCAGAUCUACACCCACUUCACCUGCGCCACUGACACCACCCAGAUCCGCUUCGUCAUGGCUGCUGUGAACGAUAUCAUUAUCCAAGAGAACCUCCGUCUCUGCGGUUUGAUCUAA